AGUGUCUCUGACCUGCAUAUCAUAAUCACACAGCUUCAUGUGAACGGAUGAAACUCUCUCUCUCCUCUUGCACUGUGGACUUUUCAUCUCAAAAAUGCUGUUUUUGGGAAUUAUGUCUCAACAAAAGCAGAAUUUUCUGUGGCUGAUGAUCGUCUGUUGUGCUUCACACCAGAUAACCUGUUCAAAAAAACUGAAAAUCCAAGCCAAUUCGACAGAUACAUGCUUCUGGAAAACAAGUAUCUCAACAACAUAUCCAGCUAUAAAUUGGGAAUGUCUAUCAGAUUAUGGUAUACUUGAUGAGAAUUCUCACAUGAACGUCACACUAAACAUCUCAUCUCAGGGACAGUGCAAAACAUACAGUUUCAACAUAACAAACAAUGGGAAUCAAUGUGAAGUCCGAAUGAAUGAGACGUUUGCAGGCAUAAAGCUGUGGAUAUUCCCAAAUGUUAAUUGUCUGGCACCGUUUGGGUGGAAUGAAAUGGGUAUGAUUUGCCAUGAGAUUGGCAGCAGCAGCAACGAUCAAGGUUGUUGGCGUACCCCUUCAGUCGAUCCUGAAGAGAGAUGUAGAAAUGCUUUAUAUGACAAUAAUACAUGCAGAGAAGAAAGAAGCACAUACAUUCUGAGUUUCAACAACCAAGAAUGGAGGUGUGUGACCUGCAGUAAGAGUCAAACCAGUACAGCUUCUGAAGGGAAUGGAAAUUACCAUCUUAAACCACAUGAGAAAAUAUAUAAUAUAACUAGAGUUGAUUUAGAAGACAAGGAUGGAGUUGUUGAUUCCUCAAAAGCAUCGGACGCCUUGGAGGAGUUGGAUACUCUAUUUGAGCAGAUGGAAAAAGACAACACAAGGAAUGCAGGGCUUGCCAUAGGGAACGCUAUUGGUGUUCUCCAAAUACAAGACAAGAACACAGAAACUAAAGACACAUGCUAUGCUUCAGAUCCAAACAUUGUCAAUGUUGUUGAUUGUCAAAGUGUCCCAAAUGUUUCCUGGUCUGUAAAGAUUUCCAAGGAGGCCUUUAAUAAAUCACGUUUGGAAAACAAUGGAAAAGCGUUUCUUGGAGUUCUACGGUUCAAUAAUAUGGGAAACAAGAGUGUUUUGAACAAUGAGGUUUAUGGAAUAACGAUGAAGGCAAAUAUAUCCAACCUUACCGACAAUAUAGAAAUGUUCUUUACAAAGAAAGACCUGGUCGGUGAGGCGUCCUGCAGUUCUUGGGAUGGAAAAGGAAAUCUUACAUGGACAACGUCUGGCUGUGAGACAGAAAAAGUCGACAAUAACACCAUAAAGUGCUCGUGUUCACAUCUGACGUUCUUUGCAGUGCUGAUGUCUCCUACAGAUGUAAAUGCAAACAUCACAGCGCCAUAUGUGGAUUCAUUGAGUUUCAUCACUUCUAUCGGCUCCGGCAUCUCCAUGUUUUUUCUGUCCGUCGCUCUGUUCAUGCAUUUCCUGUUACGGAAAGCCAAAUCAAAUCAGGCCACAAAGAUCUUGAUGAACAUGUUUGUGGCUUUGUUUCUCCUGAAUUUAUCCUUUUUGUCAAACGAGAGCAUCGCCAACACAGAAGUCAAGGCUGCGUGUGUCUUCAUAGCGCUGCUCAUGCAUUACUCCAUGCUGACUACAUUCACCUGGUUCUUCAUGCAAGCUCUUCAUAUGUACUUAUGGCUCAUCAGACAGAACGUCACCAUCACAAACUACAUGAGGAAGAUCACCGUGUUCGGCUGGACGUUUCCGGCUCCUAUAGUCGUAGCUGUUGUUUCAAUAGGAGGAUUUAAAUCAGUGAUUAUAAACACAACAUCUGGAAAAACCACACAAAUGUGCUGGAUUACAGAUCCUUUUAUUCACUACAUAGUGAACAUUGGCUACUACGCUUUAGUUUUUAUCUUCACGUCAGGAAUCUUCAUCACUAUCUGCACUAGGAUUGUUCAAACCCGACGCAGAAGAGCAGCUGAUGGCAAGAAAAAAACGUUCAGAAAGCAGCUCAUGAUGGUGUUGAGUUUGUUCCUGCUCUUCGGCCUGACGUGGGCUGUGGCGUUCUUCAGUUAUGGAGCGAUGCUCAUUCCCUCAUAUUACAUCUUCACCGUGCUGAACUCGUUUCAGGGGUUUUUCCUCUUCCUGUAUUACUACCACAUUCACAAAGACAUAGAAGGUUGUUUCUCUGAUGAUCCAGAAAGGUCCAGCUCCACCACAACAAUCGUUCAAUCCAAAAAUAAUGCAGUGGAAAACGUUAAUAAUCAGCCUAAAUAAGACAGAAACCCAUGUUGUCUCCUGGACCAGUGUUUCCCAACCUUUUUCUUGCUAUGGCACAGUUUUGAUAAGUAACAGUUUUUCCAUGGUACACCACUAUGUACUAAAACAACAAAAUUGCACAAAUAUGCAUUACUUCAAAUGGCAUAUUAAAAUGGGAUAUUAUAUUAUAAUUAGUACUCACAUUUAAUGUAAAACUUUAGCUUAAGUCAGGUAGGAACACAAUAAUUAUGUAGCUAUAUGAUGAUGGUGAUGAUAAAACAAAAAAUCUACAUAUCAUCAAUGUUGGGAAGAAACCUCAUUUUUUAAAUAAUUAAACAUCAACAUGUCAUCAAAGUCGGUAUUGUGGCUUUAUAUAUCUCAAACACAUGAAUGUGUUAUAAUUAUAUCAACAUUUUAUGAAAAUCAAGCUCAGAUGGAGUUGUAAAAUUUUUGACCAGUGAAUGACAUUUUGUCUGUCAGUGGAACAGCUGCAUCUGAGACAGUAAAUGCAUUGCAUUAUUCGUUUUCAUCAACUUACAGGUUAUAAAGUUUAUUGUAGCUAUAAGGGUGCUCAGUUUUUUGUGAUAUAAUAGAUGAAGCCAGAUAUUUAAAGCUGUAGAAUAUCGGCUACAACUAGACGGGAAUUUUUCAGACUCUUCUCCGCUCUUUAAAUGCAUAAAACAUUAGCCUUUAUAGACAGUUUUUCUUGAGCAAAGAAAACGCUGUACAUUUUUUACAAACAUAAGUUCUUUAUUUACCUUUGCAUUGCAAACAAGCAGAGAAGAUCUAUCUCCAAACUUUGUGCGGCAAUUCAUUCACGACAGAGGUAGUGAUGUGUCGUUCAUGAACAAUUUGUUCAUUUUGAACGAAUCUUUAAUAUGACUCGAGAACAACGAGUUGUCCCAGAGAGUGAUUCGUUAAUUUUGUGUUGACCGCAAAUGUGCAACAUUCCAUAAGUUCUGUACAGGAAAAUGAUCCGAAUUUCCCGCUACUAGACAGAGGCGGGGAGGAGUUAUGAGGUUUGACUGACAGUUUGAGGAUCCAAUGGAAUUACGAGGUUUUGUCACAAGCUCUUUUAAAUCCUUUUCAUUGGUUACAUUUUUGUAAAACCCACAUACAGCAUUGAUUUUUAAAAACAAAAGAAAAUAAAAAUGACGAAAUAUAGAGAUAAAGGCUUUCCGCAUGACAGUGAUGAUAUAUUCUUAACUGUAUAGCAUUUAUUUUAUUUCAUUUAUCUAUUUUGGGGCAUUUGGUAAUUUUCCAUAGCAAAACUGGAAAACGCUGCCUUCAGAGGACACAUUUCAAGAUAUGAAGGCAUCAAGGCAUGUCCAAAUCCAAUGUUAGCUUCACUUGCUGUUUCCUGAGAUGCCUUCAUCUCAUCGAUUUUUGAAGGCAUCAUAGAUGCAUUUGAUAUCCCACAAUCCUGUGCGUUCCAUUCUAUGAGAGUUGAGCUAGAGAAAUAAAGAUGGCGAACUAGAGAACAUUUCCUAUAACACUAGAUAUACCUGUACAUCAGAAUAAGAAUGGCAUCUACGCUAAUAUCAGUCUCUUUGCUUAUCCUGAGGUUUGCCGGGUGCUGGAUCCAGGCCGUAUCCAGAUCA